CUCGAGCAGAGACAAUUACAAUUUCGACUUGUCAAAUGUCCGACAAUGGAUUGAAAAACACCACGUCGACCUCGCAGCGCGGGGAAGAGCGACUUCCAGACUAGACGCGAAUUCACUUGCCAGCUCAGCACACAGACUCGUCGAGGGUGCGACGAGAUGGCAUUCUCCAUAUUCCGCGCCCACCAGGCGAUCCUGCAAUGGCGCCCUUGCACACUGAGCACCUUCGGACGUACGAUACACACCUUCCGUGAGGUCCAACCUCUCCGUACAUUCAGAAAAGAGCUUCGAGGAUCGCAAAAGACAGUGGGCUUCGUGCCGACCAUGGGCGCAUUGCACGAGGGGCACAUGUCGUUGGUGCGUCAGGCCGCCGCCGAGAACACGGAUGUCUUUGUGAGCAUCUACGUCAACCCAACCCAGUUUGGUGUGAAUGAGGAUCUGGACAGCUACCCAAAGACAUGGCAAGAGGAUAUGGAUAAGUUACAGACUCUGAACAAAGAACUAGAGAGCGAUAUUGGUGCGGGACGCAUCACUGCUGUGUUUGCUCCGACAACAAAGGUCAUGUACCCUACGUUACCGCCAUCGUCAGAAAUAUCAGGCUCAGGAUCAUUUGUCACAGUCACACCCCUGGGAAGUCUGCUGGAAGGUGCUUCACGACCAGUCUUCUUUCGUGGAGUCGCUACAGUCUGUAUGAAGCUUUUCAACAUUGUCAUGCCUGAGCGCGUGUACUUUGGACAGAAGGACGUACAACAAACGGUCGUCAUCAGGCGCAUGGUCAAAGACUUCCAUCUCGACACCGAGGUGAAGAUCGGACCAACUGAGCGUGAAGCUGAUGGCCUGGCCUUGAGCUCGAGAAACGUCUAUCUAGGUGCAAGGAGACGGGAGGUCGGUGUAGUCCUGUCACGCACAUUAAAGGCCGCCGAGAAGAAAUACUUGCAAGGCAAACGCCUCCGCGCCGAUAUCCUGUGGCCCGCCAAUGAGGUCUCAACGAGCAAAAUGAUGGAACAAGACGAUUUACCACCCUCAAAGCGUGCGAGGAUUGAGGUCGACUACAUCUCGUUGGCCGACCCGGACACUAUGGAAGAGGUCGAUGUCGUAGAUCCCUCCAAGGGUGCUAUUCUCAGUGGAGCCAUCAAGAUGUUACCUCUCGAGGAGCCUCAGGAGGGUGAAGACUGCGGAUUGGGCGGCGGUGUUGUUCCUGUCAGACUGAUCGAUAACAUCAUUCUUCAGCCGAUAGACUGAUUUAGUAACAUAGUACACAGCUAUGAGCACAGGGCGACUCGCAAAGAGUACUUACAUUACAAACCCCUUUCAAAUAUCAGAAUGAUCCGAGAGUGCCCAACGCCUUGGUUGCAACCAAAGAUAGCAUAUCGAUUAGGCUUGGAUGACGACAGGCCUGGUGCAACUCCGAAGUGUUAAUACUUUUCAACAUUCACAGUAAAGUAAACAAAUC